ACGCAAAGCGUUUUGCAUCUCCCGAUAUCGAUUGCUCGCCUCGGACGAAUCCUCCACAGGAAUCCCAGGCCGGCGAGCAUUCGCUGCAUCGGCAUCCACAUCUGCGCCAGCAACAGCCCACCUGCCAACCGCCACGCCGUCGUCCCAUAGGGACGCCCGCCGUCUUCGUCGUCAGCAUCCAGCAGUAGCAGCAGGAGCAGGAGAGGCGGAGCCACUGUGGCAUUAUGGCCCAGUCUCAUCGGGAUCGCGAGCGCGGCUCCGGGCCACUGCCCAACCGCUGGCUGUACUGUCCGCGCAAGAGCGACUCCAUCAUUGCGGAGCGCUUUCUGGCUUUCAAGACGCCGCUAAGCCAGAGCUUUCAGGACAAGAUGCCCAUCGAGUGCACCUUUCGCCCCGAGAUGCUCUUCGACUACUGCAAGACGCUCAAGUUGAAACUGGGCCUCUGGGUGGACCUGACCAACACGAAACGUUUCUACGAUCGGUCCACGGUGGAGGAGCGCGGCGCGCAGUAUAUUAAGCUGCAGUGCCGUGGACAUGGCGAGACGCCCUCGCCGGAGCAGACGCACAGUUUCAUCGAGAUCGUGGACAACUUUAUUAACGAGCGUCCCUUCGACGUUAUUGCCGUGCACUGCACGCACGGUUUCAACCGCACUGGCUUCCUGAUCGUCUCCUACAUGGUCGAGCGACUCGAUUGCUCCGUGGAGGCAGCGCUCGCUGUCUUUGCCAACGCCCGGCCGCCGGGCAUCUACAAGCAGGACUACAUCAACGAGCUGUACAAGCGUUACGAGGACGAGGAGGACGCUCCUGCGGCCCCAGAACAGCCCAAUUGGUGCCUGGACUAUGAUGAUAGCAACGGCGAUGGUUCGGUGGCCGACAACCGGAAGCGUCACUUUGACGACAACAGCUCCUCGACGUCACAGCAGGCCGGCGAGCAGGAUGAUGACACCGAGGAGCUGGAGGGUGAGGAGGCGGGCGCUGAUGGAGACGCCUCCACCUCGGACGGUCAGCCGCGCAAGAAGCGACGCCGCGAGAUGGUCAUCAAGAAUGCCACCUUUAUGGCAGGAGUGCCGGGCGUGCGGCAGGUUAGCGACCAGCCGCGUCUGGGCGAUCUGCAGCGCAAGGUGCAGGACUGGUGCCAGUGGAACAAGAACGGCUUCCCCGGAUCACAGCCGGUGUCCAUGGACAGGCAGAACAUAAAGCGCCUCAGCGAAAUACCCUAUCGGGUGUCGUGGAAGGCGGAUGGUACACGUUAUAUGAUGCUCAUUGAUGGCCGGGACGAGGUUUACUUCUUCGAUCGCAACCACUCCUGUUUCCAGGUGGAGAACGUGGCAUUCGUGGAUGGCAAGAACCUGAACGAACAUCUCGACGGCACUCUUCUCGACGGGGAGAUGGUGCUGGACAAGAUCGGCGAGACCGUAACGCCGCGCUACCUCGUCUACGACAUUGUGCGUCUAUCGCAUCGCGAUGUGCGGGACGAGCCAUUCUAUCCCAAUCGACUGGACUACAUUAAGAAGGAUGUUAUAGGCCCCCGCAUCCUGGGCAUGAAGCAUGGCAUUAUCAAUCAGCGUCUGCAGGCCUUCAGUGUGCGCGGCAAGGACUUCUGGGACAUUUGGAUGUCUGCCCGCCUGCUGGGCGAGAAGUUCUCGCGGACACUGGCACACGAACCGGAUGGCCUCAUCUUCCAGCCAUCCCAGCAGCCCUACACGGCUGGCGUCUGCUGCGACGUCUUCAAAUGGAAGCCACAUGAGCUCAACUCGGUGGACUUUCGGCUCAAGAUCAUAACAGAGCGUGGCGAGGGCUUGCUUACGAAAAAGGUGGGCUUCCUCUAUGUGGGCGGGCACGAUGCACCCUUUGGACGGAUGCAAAAGCUGACGAAGGAGAUCAGAGACUUGGACAACAGGAUCGUCGAGUGCACCAUGAAUCAGUUUGGCAACUGGGAGUUUAUGCGCGAGCGAACGGACAAGAAGCAUCCCAACAGUUUUAGCACAGCCCGCUCCGUUGUGGAGAGCAUAAAGCACCCAGUCACCAAGGACUACCUACUAAACUUUAUCGCGAGCUCCGGCUUUCGUGAUGAUCAUGCCAUGAUGCCGCCGCCACCCAAUGCCCAUCCACAUCCCCAUGGCCAUGGCCACCACCAUGGCGGACCGCCAGGGCAGCGUCGGCCCCACUGAGCGUACGCACCUAGAUGCACCUCACGCCUCAUCUCCCCAUCUCACCAUUGAACCCGACACUAGGAAAUUAAACAGCCCCUAAUAAAUACAAUUCAAAUCGAGAAUUAUGUACACACAACUCUGUGUUGGCCGAAAAA